AUGAAUGCUCAGAAGGACAUUACAGGCAGCACAUCUGCAGUCCCUUCAGUAGCUACUCAAACUGCAGUUGCUAUCCCAGGUCAGCCCCAGGAACAGCUUGAGAUUGAGGAAUCUGGUUCGAGCCAGGACGAAGUCGUCUAUCCUACUGGCGCCAAAUUAUGGCUCAACGUGGGAUCGUUCAUGGUCGUCAAUUUUGUGCGCAGCAUUGAUAUAACAAUCGUGGCAGUUGCAGUCCCUAGUCUCACCAAUGAAUUCAAGUCCAUCAAUGAUAUUGGUUGGUAUAAUGCUGCCUUCAUGGUAACCGGCAGCGCCACGAUACUUUUCUUCGGCAAGCUCUACACUCUCUUCAGUCCGAAAAGCCUAUACCUUACAUCGAUUGUCAUAUCCUGGGUUGGCUGCCUGAUAUGCACAUUCGCUAAAACCUCCAAGGUCUUUAUUCUGGGCCGCGCUAUUGCUGGUCUGGGCAAUGCGUGUCAAGGUGCUGGACUGAUCACUUUGCUUAACAUGAUGUUUCCACUCGCGAAACAACCCAAAUGGUAUGGCAUGAUCAACUUCGUUGGUAGUGCCGGUUUAGUGUCAGGUCCUCUUGUUGGUGGUCUCCUGAUUGAAGCGUUCAACUGGCGAGCAUGCUUCGGCAUUAACAUACCUCUCAACGCAAUCUGUCUGGCCAUUGCGGCUUACAGCGUGCAGAAUAAUAUUAACAACCCGGACACAGAGUUACCCAUUAGAGAGAAACUUAAGCGACUUGACCUUAGAGGUUCGCUUGUCUUUGUGCCAGCAUUGACGUUUUUGCUGAUGGGACUAACCUGGGGUGGCGCCAAAUACGGUUGGAAAGAUCCUCGUAUCAUCGUUCUGUUUGUCCUGUCUGUGGUACUGCUGACACUCUUCGCUUACCUCCAGCAUCGCUCUGGAGAUGAAGCAACCGUGCCGCCCAGGAUUGCAAUGCAACGAAGUAUAUUGGCAGGUGCUCUUUUCUGCAUGUGCUGUGACGGCACAUUAGCAGUAACUGAGAAUUAUCUGUCAGUAUAUUUUCAAGGCAUCAAGGGUGUAUCGCCAGCCAAGUCCGGCCUGCUCGGUCUACCCAUGAUUGCAGGUUUAAUGGCAGCGAGCCUCUUAUAUGGCUGGGGGACAACGUAUAUUGGCUAUUACACUCCUUUCAUGGUCGCCACGUCAGUCCUGGCACCCAUUGGUAGUGGUCUCUUGACCACACUCGACCUCGACUCUCAGCUUGGCAAAGCAGCGGGUCUGAUGGGACUGCUAGGCUUUGGCCUUGGACUUGGCAUGCAAGCACCAUUGACAGCUGUCACUGCCACGCUCAGGCCGAAAGAAGUGUCCAUUGGCGGUGCCAUUCUUGGCUUCGGAGCUGGCAUGGGAUCUGCUGUGUUCUCUUCUGCAACGGCCGUUCUGUUUCAAGGCCGUUUGCGCGAUGAGAUUAGCCGUUCUGCUCCAGGGACAAACGUGACCACUAUCGAGCAUGCUGGCCUUUCGGACAUUCGGAGAACGAUCGGUCCAGAUCGGUUGAAAUAUGUCUUGGUCGGUUACGACAAAGCUGUCAUACAGACACUGUACAUUCCGCUAGGGUUGACCUUGCUGACCAUUCUUGGUACCGGCUUGACGGAAUGGCGCUCUAUCAAGAAGAAGCAGGCCUGA